UUUCAAAGUUUGGGAUAAUACUCUCUAAUCUCUCUCAUCCACACUAAUAUAAAUAGGAUACAAAUACACAACACAAUACCAAGAAGAUAAAUCCAAUCUUUUUUUUUUUCUCUCUCUCUCUCUUUCCUUUUCCGUUUCUCUGACAUAACUCAUAGAUCCUGAUUGAUCUGGAAAAAAAAAAUGGUGAAGAAGCAAUCGUCAUUACACGUUCUUGGUGUGUCUGUUUUGAUGGUGUUGUUAUGUUGUGUUAAUUACAGUCUCUGUGAAAAGAUCAAAACCUAUAAGCUCACAAGAGGAAGCUUAAGUGUUACCUUCACUAACUAUGGUGCUGUCAUGACCUCUCUUCUCCUCCCUGACAGACAUGGAAAACAAGACGAUGUUGUUCUUGGAUUUGAUACUGUUGAUGGUUACAAGAAUGAUACAACAUAUUUUGGAGCAAUUGUGGGAAGAGUGGCAAAUAGAAUAGGAGGUGCUAAGUUCAAAUUAAAUGGUCAAUUAUACAAAACCGAUCCCAACGAAGGCCAUAACACUCUACAUGGUGGUACAAAGGGAUUUAGCGAUGUGAUUUGGUCAGUCCAAAACUAUGUUCCCACUAGCCACAUUACUUUCACAUACAAUAGCUUCGAUGGUGAAGAAGGUUUCCCGGGAAAUGUGACGGUGAAGGUGACGUACAUGUUGAUCGGAGAAAACAAACUCGGCGUUAAAAUGGAAGCAAAACCACUCAACAAACCAACACCGAUCAACUUAGCUCUCCACACUUACUGGAACCUCCACAGCCACAACUCCGGCGACAUCCUCUCCCACAAAAUCCAACUCCUCGCCGGAAAAAUCACUCCAGUCGACGAUAAACUCAUCCCCACCGGCGAAAUCACCUCCAUAACCGGAACUCCUUACGAUUUCCUCGAGCCUCGCGAGAUCGGAAGCCGGAUCCACGAAUUACCCGGCGGUUACGACAUCAAUUACGUCAUCGACGGACCGAUCGGGAAACAUCUGAGGAAAACUGCGGUUGUGACGGAGGAAGUCACCGGAAGGAAGAUGGAGCUGUGGACGAAUCAGCCUGGUGUUCAGUUUUACACGAGUAAUAUGAUGACACGUGUCGUCGGAAAAGGUAAAGCCGUUUAUGAGAAAUACGGUGGCUUGUGUUUGGAGACGCAAGGCUUCCCAGAUUCCGUCAAUCACAAGAAUUUUCCGUCUCAGAUUGUUAAUCCCGGCGAGAGUUAUUUGCAUGUUAUGCUCUUCAGAUUCACUGCUCACUAAUCGGGUCGGGUCGGGUUUUUAGGGCUUAAUCUUUCCGAUUAAAGAAAUAAUUUGGGGCUUGUGGUAAUGCCCAAUAAAAAUAUUCGACUUUUGCAGAAAAUUAAUUUGUUAAAAGUUGUUUAUUCUUCAAUUUGCAAAAUGUUAAAAGAUUA